AUGGGUACAAGUACAAAGCGGGGUGGAUAUGCUGCAAAUUUGGCUCCUGCAAAAUUAGUUGGCAAAUUGCUCAACUUUUUUGAUAGCACUGCACAUCGAGUUGUUGGUGGUUUACCACCACCUGCUCCAUCGUCAUCGCAAGGAACUGUUCAUGGUAGUGAACAACAUUACCAACACAUGGCACCCAGAGUAUCCUCUAGCCAAUCAACAAUGGCCAUGUCAUCAUUAGUUCCAUCUGCUUCAAUGGAACCCAUAAGUGAGUGGACAGCUGACAAUAAUAGAAUGCCUAAGCCUAAUAGAAGUGUUUCUGAGCCAGAUAUUGGCAGAACCCCAAGACAGGAAACAACGUCACCUGAUUCACAAGGAAAAACACAGGCAUCUGGGGCUACAUCUCGCUUUUCCCGCUUUGGUUUUGGCUCGCAACUUUUGCAAAAGACAGUAGGGCUUGUCUUGAAACCUCGCUCUGGUCGACAGGCUAAGUUGGGGGACAAAAACAAGUUCUAUUAUGAUGAGAAGCUGAAGACAUGGGUGGAAGAAGGUGCUGAACUUCCAGCUGAAGAAGCUGCACUGCCACCACCUCCAACAACUGCUGCUUUCCAGAAUGGUUCAACCGAAUACAACUUGAGAUCUGCAUUGAAGACUGAAAGUUCACCUCCUAUUGAGGGUUCUAACAUAAGAACUUCUAGUCCUGAACUUAGUCCAGGGAUGCCACCAAUGCCACCCACUACAAAUCAAUUUUCUGCUCGGGGUCGUUUGGGUGUUCGGUCAAGGUAUGUUGACACCUUCAACCAAGGUGGUGGAACCUCUGCAAACUUGUUUCAAUCCCCAUCUGUUCCAUCUGUUAAACCAGCUCUUGCUGCCAAUGCGAAAUUUUUCAUUCCUACUCCUGUACCAGCAUCUAAUGAGCAGACAAUGGAGGCUAUAGCAGAAAGCAACCAUGAAGAUAGUGUAAUAAAUGAAGAUCCUUCAACAUCUGUCACAAAAGAGUGGUCAUACCAAUCUCCCAAUCAUGAAUCAUCAAUGCCCAUUCAAAGGUUCCCAAGUAUGGGUAACAUCUCAAAACAGAGAGCAACCGAAGGAAGUAACUCUGAUUUUGCUCAUGCACGCCGAGCAGCUUCAUGGAGUGGGAGUUUAAAUGAUUCAUUUACCCCUCCAAAAAUAGGUGAUAUUAUGCCUUUAGGAGGGGGAGCUUCGGGCAUGCCACCGUCAAGAUUCAUGCCCAAUGAAUCUUUAAUGCAUACACCUGUGAAAAGUGGCAGUUUUGGAGAAGAUCUUCAAGAGGUUGAACUUUGAGCAGAUGUUCAAACUGUAAAUAUCAAAUUUUGUUUUUGAUCAUCAGAAUAGUUGGGACGUCCCUGCUUCUGCAGCAUUUGUCUGGAACAGUGGUACACGUGAGAUGGGGUUUACACAGAAAUAGAUAUCUAUCCCUUCUCUUUAAGUCCCCAAAUCCCAACUUGGUGAUGUAUUAUUAAAUGUGGUCGGCUCACUUGACACUGGACACCAUCUCAGGAUUAUGGAACUGGUGUGGUACAACAAAGAAACAAAUAGGACCACCUGCUUAGGUGAGUAGUACAACUCAUUUGUUCAUUUUAUUAAACAAGGAAUCGUCCGUGAGGAAAGAUGGCCUCAAUAGAUCAAGGACAAAAGAAUAGCUUAUGGAAUUGUGAAAUAUAAUUUUGUUCCUUUUUGUAUUUGUUUUAGUUAUCAGUCAUUAAAUGAUACUACUAAAUUUCUGAAUCCUCAGCCUUAAUUGGAAGCGUUUUUAUUACUUUGAUGACGA